GGAACGAAUGAGAGAAUAGCAGAAUGGGACACGUGGAAUGAAUGAUAGAGAAGCAGAUUGGGACACGAAAACCGUGUGGCCCGAUGUCUUCGUCAUCCGUUCCCGCCGUCCCCGCCACUUGCGACAUGCGGCCCGAUGACGACGUUGAUGUUGAUGUUGAUGACGUUGAUGAUGUUCAUCAUGAUGACAAUGUUGGUGGUGAUGUUGAUCUGGAUGACGAUGGAGCUGAUGAUGAUGACGAACAUCAUCGACAUCAUCAGGGGCAUCGUCGCCGUCAUAAAAAACACCACCAUCGUCGCCUUCGUCAUCAUCGUCAUCAUCAACAGCGUCAUCAUCAUCGUUAUCAUGGUCGUCAUCAUCUUCGUCAUCAUCAUCAUCAUCAUCAUCAUCAUCAUCAUCAUCGCCGUCGUCAUCAUCUUCGUCAUCAUCAUCAUCAUCAUCAACAUCAUCGUCGUCAUCGUCGUCAUCAACACGACGAUGACGACAAUGAUGUCGAUGAUGAUGUUGAUGUUGGCGAAGAUGAUGACGAUGAUGAUGAUGAUGAUGAUGAUGAUGAUGAUGAUGAUGAUGAAGAUGAUGACGACGAUGAUAACGAUGAUGAUGAUGCUGUUGAUGAUGACGAUGAUGACGAAGGCGACGAUGGUACUGAUUUUAAUGACGGCGACGAUGCCGCUUAUGAUGUCGAUGAUGUUGAUGACGUUGACGAUGUUGGUGAUGAUGUUGAUGAUGGUGAUGAUGAUGAUGAUGACGAUGAUGAUGAUAAUGAGGAUGAUGAUGAUGAUGAUGAUGAUGAUGAUGAUGAUGAUGAUGACAAUGAUGAUGAUGAUGAUGAUGACGAUGACGAUUAUGAUGGUGGUGAUGAUGGUGGUGAUGAUGAUGGCGAUGAUGAUGAUGAUGACGAUGACGAUGAUGAUGGUGGUGAUAAAGAUGGUGAUGAUGACAGCAAUGAUGAUGAUGAUGAUGGCAAGCAAGAAUCAUGGGCCCCCUCGCGAGGAAAGAACAAGCGGAAAUCAAAGGGGCAUACAGAAACCAUGUGGCCCAAUGUCAGCGACAUCCGUUCCCGCUGUCCCCGCAAAUUCAAACAGGUGGUGCGACGCGGCUGCUCCCAUGCGCCUGCAAACAUGCCCGACGGCCGACACUUCGACGACAACAAGGACGAGGGGCCUGCAGCGCCCUUGAGGGACAGGCGGCUGUCUGUGUUGUCUAUUCCAGGGGUCGACAUUCGCGAUCCGGUUCAACGGGAGAGUGCGGAACCUACAGCAAAGGUGGCAGCCUCUUCGGAGGUCGACUUGGAGGCGAGCGAGGACCAGAGUGUGGAUGAGGUGACCGCAGGCGGCCUGGGCACGCAAGGCACUCCGCAAAAGAGGAGGGGGGAUCGCACAGACGAGUUCGUCGGUUCUGCGAAGGAGUUGAAGAGCAAGGACCCUAGGACUGCGGGAGAGAAACGAAAGGGGACCGAGGGGGAGGAGGGCCGGCAGGUUGCCAAACGGCCGGCUUCGAGACAUAAGCAGCCUGCAUCUGGAACGUCUUCUCCACCGACGGAAAGGCCUCCAAUCGACGUCGACGCCGGGUACUUCCUCGAGUACAAAGACGGCGUUCGGACAAAGAGGGAGUUCGAGGUUAGCCCUGCGCAGGUCGUCGACCUUGGAGAGUGGGAGGACCUAUACAACCAGCGGUCCUUGGAUCCCGUGCUCGUGGAAGGGAUCAAAGAAGCGAUGCGGUUGGCGUUCGAAAACAAAGCGCAGUCUUACGAUUUGGCUACCCUGAAGCUGGCACCGCAGGGGCUUAAUAAACCGACUCUGGGGACCAAGGCAGAACGUCUGAGGCCGGAGGAAUGGAGGGAUGAGCUGGCGGGGCAAUACUACUACUACGCGGUGUGUGUGCAGCACAACGCGGCUGCAGCCAGGUCGCUGCUCGGCAUCGAGGUGGCCAGGAAAUACAAUUUCGAGCGGUGGCCUGCACGAAUGCUCUACUUUUCAGACGACGACUUCGAAGGGUACUUCCUUGUCAAUCAGAAGGGCGACGACGCCAUCAGGAAGCAAGGCGCUGCCCUGCGUUCCUAUUUCCCGCUGGCGAUGGCAGGGGAGAACGUUUGGAAACUGGCCGUCGAUUUUUUCGAGAAAUGGGAGACUGGGAGAUUGCUCGGCCACGACGGUGCAAAGUGGAUCAUGCGGAAGAAGAAGGUAAAAAAUGUGAAGCCCGGGGUUGUCUACGUCGAGAACGACAAGACGGGCAGGAAAGAGGUCAUGUACAACGUCCCUGUGGACCCGCCGACAAAGGAAGGCGAAAAGGAGAAAGAGGAGGGCGACUGGUUCAUGCAAGUGCCUGAGCCAGACGCACAUUGUUGGAAAGCGAUGGAGUCGCUGACCGACAACGAGAAGUGCCGCGUCUUGAAGAAGGUUCUCGCUUGCGAGUGUGACCGGGUGCUGGUGCGUCUAUGGAACUACUACCAGUUCAAGCACGAGAAAAGGCCGGACGCGGAUUGGAGCCAAAGGUGCCCGUUCCUGAAAACAAGGUCCAUAAUUUUCAAACAGUUUAAGAGUCGUGGUUUGGAUGAAGAGUUGUGGGACAGGAGCAGGAAAUACGUCGCUGACUCCUCGUUGUUCAAGGACUGCCCGCCUUACAUGGGCUGCGACGACGACCAAUCGAUCGAGGCGACGGAGAAGUUGGCCGGUCACAAGAAGUUGUCCGUUGACUGGAGGAAUAAGGUCCUGCUCGUGUUGACUGGCAGUAGACUGAAGAGUCGCGAGAUCCCGCUUGCCGAAGGAAUUGUGCACAUAAAAUGGAAAGACACGGGCGACGUGACAUCCAUCGCGCCAUUCGGCAACGACCCCUUGGAGGCAGACAUAAGGUGUGCGGAGGUGAAGGAGGCAGUGGUUGCCACAAAGAGUCACACGUUCGUCCUCGAUCUCUGCGAACCAGUGGACCUGAAGCUGUGGAAACCGCAAGCGUUCGACACUCUGGAUUCCUUGCUUCAGACGUGGUGUCCGUCGCAUUGGACGCUCGUCGUUUUCGUCCCGCGGCAGCAGAACCUCUCGUUUCUGGCCAGCAUGAACCACCUUUCUUUCGUGAAGAUGCUGGAAGGGAAGUGGGUGAGGAAGAGUCAACAGAAGAAAAGCUUCCCCGUCGGGAAUAAUUUGUACAUGGAAGAUGACCGGAUGUACGUACUCUUCAAAGGCGACGAUUUGCACGCAAACACUGUGUACGGGGACAUGGAACGCAACCCCACGCAAUUCGUUAAUCUUCUCGAGUCCGUCACCAAGAAGAAGGAGGGUGUAGUCUUCCUCGGGAAGCCACACGCGCGAUCCGUGUGGGAACUGCUGAAGGAAGGACGACACGUCAUCGCAAUGGAAGGGAACUCCGAGCUCUCGCAAUUUACAAUUGAUCUCGUCAAAAGCGAGGUCAAUUCGGGUGCCCACAUUUGCGAGUUCAUGGUCGUCAACAAGUCUCGCCCUCGCGCGUGGAACAACAGGACGAACAUGUGGUUCAAGUUGAGUGCGAGGAAGCGGAACAAGAUGUACGACUUCUUGUUCCUACAAACACGGCCCAAGAGAGACACUGACGCCGAGUACGUGCGCCGCAAGGAUCACAUGUUCACGCUGCUCGAUAACUACCACGGCGCCUCCCGCAUGAACGCAAAGACCUUCCUCGAGAGGUUGCAGUCCCUAUACUUCGUGGAGUCAGAGGAGGAGUUGACGUUCGGUAGUUACUCCUCCUUGAUCUCCACGGAAGACGAGGAGACCAUCGACAUCAAGUUCGACGCGACCGCGAACGAGGAGGGCUGCAACACCGAAAGCCUCGACCUGCAGUACGACCCGCAUCCCGGGCAGCACACAACAGGGUCGUCCUUCACAGGUCAGUCAACAAGCCCAACAUCCCUCGUGUCACCGAUGGCGAAACCGGCGCCUGGCACUACCCCGAUGAAGUUGCUGCAGAGAAUGCAAGCUCUGGCCUCCGGCCAUCGCUCACUGCGUCCUGGGUCUGACAUCCUGGCCGAUCAUCUGUCUUGGAGGGAUGCCAACACUCACUUCCUGCCUGAGCCUCAAAGUCGUUCCACGAAGGCGGAGUGGCAUCCAAGAGUCAUCCACCCGGCGAUCCAAAAGGAGCGGACGAAGAGGACGAACACGCAUAGCUUGUCAGGAGCGGGGGUGGCGAGUCGUGAUCCCAAAAUGGACAGCGGUGUGGUGAGGGACGGGACUGCGCCGCCUGCGGGGGACUGCCAACCGCUUCGGUCGGAGCGAGAGGCGGGAGGAGCUGCGUGCGGCGAGCGGGAAGGGCAUUCGUCGGAAUUCGACACGGGUUCGGGCGAAGUGGUUGGAUUGCAUGCACAAGAAAAAGGCAGGGUGAUGGACAAAGAGAAGGAAGGGGAGGAAGGAGACACAAGGGAGGAAGUGGAGGAAGGAGGGAAGGAAGGGGAGGAAGAAGAGGAUGAAGGGGAGGAAGGAGAGGAAGGGGAAGAAACGGAGUUGGCUGGGUUGCUAGGAGGGAAGGACGGGGAAAAAGGUGAACUCGAUACUGGAGACGAUGAAUGGACGUUCGGCGACGACGAUGACAGAUUCGGGGAGUCGUCUGACGGAUUCGGGCAGCUGUACGGAGAACAUCGCGAGGAAGACGACGACGACGAUGACACGGCACUGGGUAUGGAGACACAGGUGGUCACAAGCCUUUUGGUAGAACGUGAUAACUAUGAGGUCGAAGCAAUGACGUCUGCCGUCGAUCUCCAACAAUGGUUCAACGACGCUAGUGUUGCAGUCAACCUGAAUAAACCGAGUGUGCAUAUUGACAUCGAAGAAGUUAUCGACGGCAUCCUGGGCGACCACCACAUGUCCGCGUAGCCGUCCUCUUCGCCUGGUGUCGACGACCCUCUCGACGUCAAACCUUCCGGGGGAUCUGUCGUGGCUUUGUCGCC